AUGCUGGCCGGCGCACUCUGCCGCCUGGCAGCUGACGCUCCCAGGACCUCCCCACACGACAUGCCGCAGCUUGCCCGCUCCCUCCGCCGCUCUCUCCUCGCCCACAAUGCCGCUCGAGUCCCGCAUGCCCGCCCUCUCUCACGCGCCUUCGCAUCCCUUGUCCGUGCCCGCCGGUCCUAUGCUACAACUACGCGCGCUACCGAGCCGACCGAGACAGUGAAGAAGGCCGUCAAGACUGCGGCAGCUAAGAAGCCGGCGCCUAAGAAGACUGCCACGGCCGCAAAGAAGGCAGCCCCCAAGAAGGCUACGGCGACCAAGACUGCGGCGAGCAAAACAGCGAAGAAGCCGGCUGCCAAGAAAGCAACGCCCAAGAAGCGCGUCAAGAAACCUUUGACGGAUGAAGAGAAACUACAGGCCAAGAUCCGCCAACUGCGCGUCAAGGCACUCAAGGAGCCUGUAAGGCCCCGCGCGUAUACGGCUAUAAAUGCCUUUGUCUCUGAAACGCGCGCUUCAAAUUCCAGCUUUACCGAAACUAUCGAGGCGUUCAGGAACUUAACUCCUGCUGAGCUUGAGCACUGGAACCACAUUGCCAACCAACAGAACGCUGCCAGACAAGCCGAGUACAAGGCAUUUAUCCAUUCCUACACUCCCGAACAGAUAAAGAUUGCAAACAACGCUCGUAGCCAGCUACGGAAGUUGCUUGCGGACAAGCGUAAGCAUACCCCUCCAUAUGCUAAGAAACUUGUGGACGACCGCCAGACCAAGAAGGUGCUUCCUUUCCCCGCCUUUGUGCGAGCCAGGCAUGCCAGUGGAGACUACAAGAACAUCCCUUCGACGGACGCCAUCAAACUCGCUGCUAACGAGUGGAAGAGUCUGAGCGCUGCCGAGAAGCAGAAAUACCAGGAUGAGUGGGUAGCUCAGAGGGAUGCUGCUGCAGCUGCAUAA